CGCACCAAUGGCUUUUUACGUUUGCAGGCACUUAUAUCGCUACCGAUUCACAGAACCUUAAUCCGGCCACGCAAAGCAAAUCCCGUUUUCGUCUCAGUCGCCGUAGCGCGCGUGCCGUUGGCGAUGCGGAUCAGUCGGGCUGCUUCAUUCAAUUUUAUCUCAUCUGUAAAACCCCAACAAUCCAAAAUCGUCUUUAAUGACAGCCAGUGAGUCUCUUUGAUUUGUGGAAAACCAUCAAGUCGUUAAGUCCUUCCAAUGGGGACAAGUAAGAGCAAGCCAAAAGACUCAGGCCAGAGAUCUCUGAGUCUGGAUUGUACCAUUAAUAUGGGCUCCUCCAGUGGACACCAUUUCAAUUCUGGCCCUCAGACCCAAACACCAAAUCAGAGCCCUGCGGUGGGGACCAGCAGGCGGAGCAACACGUACCACACCAACGGUGCAGAACAUCAACUUUUUGGUGGUGCGGAUCACAUGGCAAGCAUCGCGUCACCCAUAAGAGCUGGUGUCACCACGUUCGUCGCACUAUACGACUACGAAUCUCGGACAUCUGCAGAUCUUACUUUUAAGAAGGGCGAGAGACUGCAGAUCCUCAAUAACACGGAAGGAGACUGGUGGUUGGCGAGUUCUUUGACCACAGGGAAGAGUGGCUACAUCCCAAGCAAUUAUGUCGCCCCAUCGGACUCCAUCCAAGCCGAAGAGUGGUUUUUUGGUAGAAUAACACGGCGCGAUUCUGAGCGGCUGCUGCUGAACAUCCAGAACAGGAGAGGAACUUUCCUUGUGAGAGAAAGUGAGACGACUAAAGGAGCGUACUGCCUGUCUGUGCUGGACUACGACAACACCAAGGGUCUAAAUGUCAAGCAUUACAAAAUCCGCAAGCUGGACAGUGGAGGAUUUUACAUCACAUCACGGACGCAGUUCAGCAACCUGCAGCAGCUCGUCCUGCACUAUCGCACGCACGCAGAUGGAUUGUGUCACGUCCUGACGGACAUCUGCCCCAUGCUGAAGCCUCAGACUCAGGGACUAGCGCGAGAUGCCUGGGAAAUCCCGCGCGAGUCGCUGCGACUCGAUGUUAAACUGGGUCAGGGGUGCUUCGGGGAAGUGUGGAUGGGUACAUGGAACGGCACCACGCGAGUAGCUAUAAAGACACUGAAGCCAGGCACCAUGUCCCCUGAGGCUUUCCUGGAGGAGGCUCAGGUCAUGAAAAAACUCCGGCAUGAGAAACUGGUGCAGCUCUACGCCGUCGUCUCCGAGGAGCCCAUCUACAUCGUUACAGAGUACAUGAGCCAAGGAAGCCUGCUAGAUUUCCUAAAAGGAGAGAAAGGGAAAUAUUUACGACUUCCACAGCUGGUCGAUAUGGCCUCUCAGAUUGCUGCUGGUAUGGCCUAUGUGGAGAGGAUGAAUUACGUUCACAGAGAUUUACGAGCCGCGAACAUCCUUGUUGGAGACAGCCUGGUGUGUAAAGUGGCUGAUUUUGGACUGGCGAGACUCAUCGAGGAUAACGAGUACACUGCCAGACAGGGUGCCAAGUUCCCCAUUAAAUGGACAGCUCCUGAGGCCGCACUGUACGGACGCUUCACCAUCAAAUCAGACGUCUGGUCUUUCGGCAUCUUACUGACCGAGUUGGCCACCAAAGGGCGAGUUCCGUAUCCAGGCAUGGUGAACAGGGAGGUUCUGGACCAGGUGGAACGUGGAUAUCGGAUGCCGUGUCCAGCAGAAUGCCCGGCCUCGAUGCACGAGCUCAUGCUAAGCUGCUGGCGCAAAGAAUCCGAGGAACGUCCGACGUUCGAGUACCUGCAGAGUUUCCUGGAGGACUAUUUCACCUCCACUGAACCGCAGUACCAACCAGGAGAAAACCUCUAGGGCCUCCAGUGCUAGCUCAGAGAGAGCGGACUCUGCUGGUACGUUCGUACUCACAAAAUGUGUGUAUGUGGGAGGAAAAAGUGGGAGUUUACAGUGUGACUGACACUCCAUUUGUUACAAAUACGAAGAAUGCAUGCUUGUGGUUUAAAAAAAAAAAAAAGAAAAGAAAAAAAAAUGUCUUGAGCAAGACUUUUUGGUGUAGUGGAUGAACACUAGCCAAAACGGUACGAACAAAACCCUCUAUAGACUUUGUUAAAUGCGAAUUUUUGUCCAGUUUCCAUCCAGCAGAAUACUGCCACGCACCCUGAGGUGCCAUAGAUGAUCCUUUCUUCCUCUGCCCCCCCCCCCCCUCCAUUUUUUUUUUCUUUAUCCCAUCUUCAAAGCAUUACCUGUUGGAUUUUUAUGGUACUCUUUCAAAGGGCUGCUACUGAGUAGUCGUAAUUAUAAUUACCGUAUUUUCCGAACUGUAAGUCACUCAGAAUAAGAAUAUAAACCCCACCUCUUUAAAUAAAACAUGUAUAAAUGUCGCUUUAUUAUAUAAGUUGCAUUGAUAAUAGUAUCUGUUUUUAUUUAUCUGAUAUCCAGAUUUAAAAAUAAAUAAAAAAAAUGAAUAGGAGCUACAUUCCUGUCUGAAGCCCACAUCCUUUAAAGAUUUCCAAACUUUUUGCAAGCACUACGUUCACAUCAUAUUUCUUGAUCCAUGAUCACUCAUUUAUCGACUUGCCUAGUACUGAACACAACUAGAGUAUGGAUUGCUGUUGACAACGGCUUGUCAGUAAGGUGAGCUAGGUACAAAAAUCAGUGAGAUUACAUUACGUUUAUAUGAUGGCUAACUACAACUUCAUCAGUAUGAUUGUUCGCUACAAAAACACAAAUACAAUUGUUAGCUACGAAUAGACAUAAGAUUAUUAGCUGUGAAUUCAUAAAUAUGAUCAUGUACAAAUACACAUACGCAACUGUUACCUGCAGUUGUUAGCUGUAAACUCGCAAAUAAGAUUAUCUAUGAAUAAGCAAAAUACAAUUUUAGCUAUGAAAACAAAAAAAGAACAAUCGUUAAUUAAGAAUUCACAAAUAUGACUGUUUAGAAAUACACAGAUAUAAUUGUUAGCUACAAAUAUGAAAUGCAGUUGUUAACUUUGAGUACACAAAUAUGCUGCUUAGCUUAAAGACUCCUCGUUGUUUGACCAACUCUUUUUCUAAAACAUUCAUGUUUGCCCUGGUGUGGCGAACACAAUUUUGGGAUUGUCAACACCGAGCCUGGAAAAUACCAUACGUCAUAAUGCCUAAGGGAAAGAUAUUUACCAGACGCUUUAGUUUUAGUUGUAAUAAUUGUUUUUGGUUCAGAGUAAAGAGUUUACACCAGUCAGUUCUUUCUGGGUCACUUAUUUAUUUUUUAUUGGAUAUGAAAUAUAGGAAAUAUGGGGUGCACUAAUUUUAAUAAAAUGGCAAACUUUUGUUAAAGAGCUUGUGCCAUUAAUUUUAUUUUAAAGUUUCGUAAAAUCAGUUGCGUUGAUUAUAAUACAAUAUGUAAGGUAAAAUAUAUAGUUUUUUUUUUUUUUUUUUUUUUUUUAAUAUCCCUUGUUUUAUUUACUGGAGAAUAUUCUCCUUAUUCGUCUAUUAAAUUACCCCAAACGUAGUGACUGAUCACGUGAUUAAACAAUAAUGCUUAUGCUGAUGGAAUUAAGAUGUUUACAUACUGUCAAGGGGAGCCAUUGCAUUUUACUUGGGAAUCAUGAUUCACUUUGGGGAUUCGACUCGAAGUGAAUGAAAGUUUUGUAUCGUGUGAUGUUAUUUAUCAGCUGGAAUGGUGUCUGUAAAUAUUGUGCCAUAUGAGACUUUGCAGUAUGCUACAAUUCACAUGAUCUGUGUGUGUGUGUGUGUGUGUGUGUGUGUGUGUGUGUGUGUGUGUGUGUUUGUUUGUGUGUAUAAAUAACAAACUCGAUCAGAAUACAUUAUCUUGUAUAAACAAUAUGUUUGAAUAAACCAACGAUUCACUACGAUAUGAUUCAGAGUUGGUUCAGUGCGAUACGGUGUGAUUCAAUAUUGUGCAAAAAGUUACAUUUUACAAGGGUUUUUUUAUUUUGUUUGUUUUUUUGUUUUUUUUUUGUUUGGUUUUUUUUUUUUUUGUUUUUUUUUUUACAAGUGGGAGGCCAUGCCCUCUUUUUAAUAUGACUGACGGUCACAGAGGCCACACUCCGUUUUAAUACCGCUUGAAGGUACAGUGGCCACACUUCCAUGCAGUGCCAAAGAAUUUAAAAAGAUUUCAAAAAAACAAAGAAAGAACGUUUCUGAAUAAUAGUACACUAGGAAUAACUAAAGGAGUGCACACAGUGUCCGAUUUUACAGCUACAGAGAUUUACUACAGAGUCUCUGUUAAUACUUGAUUCUGAAUCCGUGCAGCAAUAUAGCGAACACUGACAACAAUGAACUGAUUCCUAUGAGUGAACCUUUACAACUCAUAAUAUUUAUCACCCAAUGAUCAGAUGAUCAACGUCCUGUGAGUUAAAUAGCAUCAUGUGGAGAGCAGCAUACAAAGCAGGUUUUUUUUUUUAUUUUAUUUUUUUUAGCUUAUUAAAUAUAAAUAUUACUCGUUUUCUGCUUCAUUCGUGCAUCACUUCAUAAAGAAGAACUAUUUGACGAAUCAUCCGUCACUUUCACAUAACUCGGGUCAGAAAAUUGACUUGGAAUGUGUUUACGUAGGUUAUCCUUUUGAAAAGUAUUUAAACACGAUUGCAAGAUAUUACUACAUCAGCGUUAAAGACUCCUAAAAGUAUUUUCGGUAUCGUGAGAACUGAAAUCGUUCUCACAUUCUCAAAUCAAAGGUCUGGGAUAAAACCAGCGCAAAUCCAAAACUCAACAUGGCGAGGCUUUUAAAUCGUGUAUUAAACUCCAAAAUCAUGACCCCUAUUCAUGAAUAAUAUUUACAAAGGAAGAUCAUGUAUUUUAAUGUGACAGUAUUAAAAACCUAAUAAUUUCUCAUAUAUAACGUUGUCUAUCAUUGCAUCUUUAAAUUUAACGUACUCAAAACGCGAAUUGCAGAAUAAAUAAUUGAAGCCACGUCAAAUCAGUGUACAAACACAGUGUACAAACAAUUGUAAUUGUUGAUCAUAAGAUUUAGGAUUCAAAACAAUUUUUAACUACAGUUUCUUUGAAAAGAUCUUUUUCGUUCCGUUCAGCCAGCAGUAGCCGCUGAAACAAACGCAAUUGUUAUUAAACAUUUCAAUGUUAACCCUCAUUUUAUUCACCUUUUAAAAUAUUUCAGUAAUAAAAAUGUUGAAGUAGGACAGCAAGCCCUGCACUUAGUUUGUAGUAAAGCGGGUCAAUAAAAAUAAGCAUUCUGUACAAAAUUUUACAAUUUUGAAGAUUUAGUAGAAUUUUUUGAUGUCUCCUUCCAAUCAGAACAUGUAAAGUUCUAAAUAUACUGACCACAUCAACAAGUUAACAAUUUAAGUGCAUUGUUCAACAAAAUUCAUCACGAUGUUGAUGUCAUCAAAUCGCCCAGUGAUCGUUGCGACUCGUACACAUUUUGUGAGAUUGAUUAUGAUGAUGAUGGACAUGUUUUCCCCCUGUAAGAAAAAAAUUUUUCCCCCAAAGAGUUUUGACUGGAAAAUAAGUGAUCUAGCUAUAAUUUGUUAUGAUUUUGUGAUUAGCUACAUUAUUCUGGAUUUUUGUUUUUGUUCUUUUUGGAAAUCAUUUAUUGGAAUUUAUCUUUUAUUAAUUAUGCACCAAAAUGUUUUCCCUUUCUUCCUGCUACUGAGUUAAACUACUGACUGUCCUUGAGUGUGUUUAUUUUAUUUAUUUUUAAAAGCAUUUUAUUUAAACCCUGUUGAGUUUGUGCUAAAGCCAUAAACACUUCAACUGCUGUUUUUUGUACAUAAAAUAAUUUUUGAGCAGUUUGUGCUCAAAAAAUUGUGAGCAGUUCAUAUGUUAUCUGAAAAAGAUAUUUUGCAAAAAUUCAAAAAAAAAAUUUGGAUUAUGAUCAGAUGUUUUAAUUCUAUUUGACUUUUGUUUUAAUUCUUUGUUUAAUUGGGACAAGGAGAUUUUAUAUGCAAAAUAUUAACGGUAGGAGGUUUGUUAUUUUAAAAAAAUCUAGUUUUAGGACUGCAUGUUCUCAACAUUGUACUAAUAGCUCAUGUACAGCUACUGUGUAAAUAUUAUCUUAUCCUGUAAUCUUAAACUAAUCGAUUGAUGCAAUGUGGAGUUAUUACUGUUAAGAACCUUUUUUACCUGUUGUUGCAUUUACAUCCACGACCAUGAGUGAUGCUCAGAUGAUGAUGAUUGGUUUUAAUGUAUGAUUUGAUUAGUUUAAAAAAUUUUUUUUUUUACAGUGUUGUUGCCCAUCCCUAACCCUAUACCCCCCCCCCCACCCCCCAAUUUUUCUGCACCGAGUUUCACUCCAGAUCACUUGCUAGUAAAACCACAGCAGAUUUCUGCAUCCUGGUUUAUUUCCAUACUUUCUAGUACUUCUAGUUUCGCAAGAUGUUCUUAUGGAGUUAGAAAGAAUCCUGCCAUCAGAAAAUGUGAAAUUUCCAAGCUUAUGUUAGCAUUUUUUUGUCUACAGAGAGGAAAGAGAUUUUUCAUAAUAAUGAUAAUAAUGAUAACUAAUAUUAAUAAUACACGUUUAAUGUGCAUCUGUACUAACUUUUUUUUUCUUUUUUACCCAGAUGUUGUUCUGAAAUCUAAUUUUUUUUUUAUUCUUUUUAUUAUUGGUGGUUAUACACAAGUACUUUCUAUACAGUCAUAAUUUAACAUUUUGCUUUUAUUGAAUUGUUUCUUUAAACGUAUUUGCACCAAAGGAAAACAUUUGUCUGUCUAUCAGCUGGAUUUUUUUUUUAUUAUUUAAUUUUUUUUUACAUUUUUGAAAAUUUUUACCUCUGAUUGAUGGCAGUAUUCCUGCCAUUUCACUUUUACUUUACAUUUCAGGCAUGACAUUAAUUUCUGUGCAGAGAAAUGUGUGGAGAAUCUACUAAAAUGUACUAAAAAGUUAUUGUUAGCGGUUAAAAAAACGUUUGUACGUACACAAAUGAAUGCUUUAUUCUUCCAUCUUUCCAAAAUGAAUGAAUAAAUUCAUUGAACAGAUUCAAUUCAUGAACCUGAAGCAAUAACAUCAUCAUCCGUUUCUCUUCAAUCAGCCGAUUCUAAAUAUUACUCAUCUCAGGUGCUGAUGUGUUUGGCUUAUUAUUAUUAUUAUUAUUAUUAUUAUUAUUAUUAUUAUUGUUAUUGUUAUUAUUAUUGUUAUUAUUAUUGUAUACAUUUCUAAUUCACUAUAUUAGUGUUGCAUGUUGUGAAUCGCCUCUGUAGUUAAACAGGAAAUAGCCUAAAGGUUGGGCAGCAUCUUUUGCGUGACUAACGACAUACUGACUCAGAACACGUCACAUCACAGUCAAUUUUAGAAACUGAUCCCAAGAGGAGAAAUAAAAGCAUUUCUCUGUGCGUCUUUCAGUCUGCAGUUACGCAAAGACAAAUUAACGAGCUGUUCUGAGAUCAGUUUUUGGCAGGAAGGUAAGUCUGAGUGUUUCUCAAAGUCUAUGCAGAUACACGUCCACCAUGCCUGAGCUCUUUUUUAUGAUUAACCUGUAAAUGAGUUUUUCUAAAAAUUCAAUGAAUUGAAGGGGGGGGGCGGGUUUGUAAAGUUUUUUCGUGCAAACUGAUUUGUUGCAAAUGAGUCCUGUUACAUUGUAUGCUGUCAUUAACACUGGAUGUGCAAUAAAUUAAUUUAAGGCUGUU